UGUGCGCACGCUGCAUCCCUCUCAGAGGAAGCAGCCAGUCACAGAGCUUCCACGCAGCUGCCACAGGCGGCCCAUUGGAGACGCUUCAUACUGAGCAGCAAAAUGGCCGCCCGUCAACUGACUGACUCCACAGCGCUUUGAAAUUCAAAUUCUUCUGCACAUUCGGGUUUACACCAUUACAACGUUAGUACUUAUUUACGCACCGGUAGCUCGUUGCGCUUGUGUUUUCCACCACUUACUUGACUUCUCCGCUCGGGCGUCGCUGUUCUCGUAGCCUCGACGAAUGCCUCAAAAAGCUAGAAAAGAAAAAUUCGCACUGAAGCACUUUAGCUAAGCUAGCGCCGCUAGCUCUUCUUCAUAUGUGAUUCUUAAGAAAGGAGUAUCAGGACAGGAGCAGUAGUUCAUGGAAGACAAGAAAAGGAAAAAAGACGACAAAAGGAAAAGGGAAGCCUCUCAGAAGGUUGCAGAACAAAAAAACAAAGUGCCAGACUUGACCAAGCCGGCGUCUGCCCAGUCUCCUGCCACUCAGAGCAGCUCUGCCUCCCCUAGCCCUGGACCCACCCCCUCUGCCUCCCCAUCCCCAGCCACCUCAGGCCCUGGCAGUGCUGCCACCCCAUCACAGGGCGGCAACAAUGCCAAGCGCCUGGGGGUGGCCAACGGACAGCCCACCUCCACCACCAGUUCUUCCUCCACCGCUGGCGGCCCAGGUGCUGCUGGAAACGGCAGUACAAGUAGCGGAGGCGGAGCCCAGGCGCCUCAGCAGCAACCGCGCUACAUGCCGAGAGAAGUGCCCCCGCGAUUCCGCUGCCAGCAGGACCAUAAAGUGCUACUGAAGAGGGGUCAGCCGCCACUGUCCUCCAUGCUGCUGGGAGGGGGAGGAGGAGGAGGGGAUGGCCCAAAUGCAAACAUGGCUGCUGUCUCAGACACUGGUGCGGUUGCCUCCUCGUUGGCCCUCACCUCAUCAUCAGCUGCUGCUUCUACUACUACUUCUAAUUAUGCAAAUUCCAUGUGGGGGGCAAGCUCAGGCAGCCAGACCUCCUCUCAGGGCAGGGAGAAGGUGAUUGUCGAUGGCAACAACCUGGAGGAGUGGCCUAGCAUCGCUGGCAGUGAUGGGGGAUCAGCUUCAUUCACCAGGGCUGGAGGCGGCAGCAGCAACAAUGGAAUGCCUGUGAACAGCAUCAGUGCCUCUGGCAACCAUUCCUCACCCACUUCCUCAUUCUCUUUGCCCAAUGAAUGUAUGCAGUCGUCCAAUGGUGUGGCAUGGGGGACGGCUGCCUCCCAGGGUCAUCUUGGAGGAGGGAGUGCAGUAGCUACAGCUGGGCCACUGCUACAACAGCCCUCCUCAAUUUCCAAAGCCUCCACUGUGCCAGGGAGCCAUGAAACCAGUGGCCCCGUUGAUGGAAGCAGUGGGAUUCCAGGUGCCAACUUCAAUCCAAAUGCCAACCCUUCGGCCUGGCCUGCCCUUGUGCAGCAGGAUGGGCCCGCUGCUGCAGGGGAAGGAGGUCCGUCUUCCUUCCAUCACCAGGGACCUGGAGGGUCUUUGUCUGCCAACAACUCUGCUUCCCUGGGGCCGGGAGGCGGGGCAGUCGGGGUGCUGGGGGGUCACCCACCUUUAUCUGUGAAUCAAUCAAGCACCCAUCAGCACCAACUUCACCAAAUGCAAUCCAGAGACAGAGAGAUGGGAGGGGGGAAGUGGGACAGCGAAUCAGCGGGACCAAAAAUCGCAGGUGGGGAAGGGAUUGGGGGAGGAAUGGACCGUGGUGUGGGAGGAUGCGGAAUGAGUGUGGGAGACCACAACAUUGCCUCCUCAUGGAGAGGCCAGCCUUCUUACCCUGCAGCUAACUCCAAAACGGGUGCCUCAAGGACUGAUGGAUGGGAGGGUGGAGGUGGUGGCACAGGGGGAUUCGGAGCUGCCGAAGGUGAUAAUGGGACCUCAGGUUGGGGUUAUUCAAGUUCCAGUAGUGGGGUUAAUGCUUGGGGUAGUGCUGGAACUGGAGGAAACGGUAGUCAAACCUCUGGGGUUUCUCAGGGAGGGUGGGGGUCAUCAGGAGGAGGAGGGGAGAGAGGAGUUUCUGGUGGUGAUUGGGGUGGGAGCUCCACUGGUAUUGGGGGAGCUAAUCCAGUAGGUGAGGGAGUGAGUGAAGCCUGCAGCAGUAACAGCAGCAGUAGUGGGGGUAGCACAGCUGGCAACCCCCCUGCCACYUCGUCGUCCUCCUCAACGGCCACCACUUUGACCAGAGCCUGGGACAAUCAGAAGGGAGAGGGUGAAACAGGGGAAUGGGGCGGGGGAGUAGGAGGACAGGGAGCACGGGGAGGAUCUUCAUCCAGCGGCGGAAACUCCAGAAAUGGGAGCGGACCUAACAGCCGUUACAAUUGUCCUCGCCAUCAGGCACCUAAUGCUGAAGCUGCCUUACAGAAUCUUCUAAGUCGGACUGAUCUGGAUCCACGGGUUCUAUCCAACACAGGCUGGGGCCAAACACAGAUCCGACAAAACACAUCCUGGGAUGUCGAAGAACAGGGAAGACAGAAUAAAGGUGGAUUGUCAUCAGCUUCAUCAAAACAUCCAUUUUCACAUGGUAGUAAUUCUCAGUUUUCUGGUGGACAAAGGACCCUAAUCACUGAAUCAGUUGGUCCAGGGGUCAAUCCUUCCUUGGUUCCAUCUGCCGGGUCCUCUGGAGAGGGUUGGGAGAGCAGCAGUAACAGUAGCAGUAGUGGGGCCUCUCUGUCUGGGAGAGCCCCACCACCUUCAGGCCCCAACUUGAGGAAUCUUGGCGUCUCACAAUCUGGGCCAGUGACCACAGCAGGCUCGGGUAUGGGGUCAGGGGUAAUACCAGGACAUAACCAGCAGGGGAAGACUACAGGCUGGGGUGGAGAAGGGAUGGGGGCUGGGGAUGGCAAAGAGGCCAAAGGCUGGGGAAAUGAGGAAUGGAGAGACAGUAAUAGAGGAGGAAAUGGAGCAGGAUGGGGUGAUAUUGGGCAACAGGGUGAGCCAGUGAGUGGAGGCUGGGGAGGAAAUCGGGAGGAGAAAGGGGCAGGGGGUUGGAAAGACAUGGGUGGGAAUGGAGGAGGAAGUGGGUGGGGAUCAGGACAGAAGGUUGGGGCAGGAAGGGACUGGGGUGAGCAAGAGUCCAAAUCAAACAGUGGAGGAGGAGGAGGAUGGGAGGAUGAGAGGAAGAAUGCAGGAGGAAACUCAGGUGGGGAUACAGGUGGGGGUGGUUGGGGAAGCUGGGAUGAUAAUGCUCCUCGGAGAACCUGGGGAGCAGGGGGCACAGGAGGAGGAGGCAGUGGAGGAGGGGGUAUGGGUGUUGUUGGGGGUAUGGGGUCCAAACCCAAUCAAAAUUGGAGUGGAGGAAACAAGAUGCACCAGAUGCCAAACAGCCAGUUGGGCUCCAUCACAGGCCCUCAGGCACAACUGCAACAGCAACAAUCACAGUCCCGCAAUCAGCAUCCACAGCUGCAGCAAGCAUUGGACCAAGGGGCUAUGCAAGGGGGUGGGGGAAGGAAACCCGUAUCUCAAGCCCAGAAUCAGAACCAAAGCUCAGGCUGGACCUCAGGGCCCAUCCCUGGUGGUUCCGCAGUAGGUGGAAGUGGGUCUGAACCGAGUGGCUGGGAGGAACCCUCGCCACAGUCCAUAAGCAGGAAGAAUGAGAUUGAUGAUGGAACAUCAGCAUGGGGUGACCCAACCCAUUGCAACUACAAGCCAGUCAACUUGUGGGAUAAGAACAGUGCCCCUGCUGGCCAGCAGCCGCAUGUACAAAGUCAGGCCCAGCAGCAGCAGCAGCAGCAACAACAACAACAACAACAACAACAGCAGCAGCAACAACAACAGCAGCAGCAGGGGCCUCCAAUACAGCAGCAGUCUAGUAGGCAGGCUCCAGGACUCGGAGGUAACAGAGACUUCAACACUGGCCAUGGACCUGCAAAAGCUUCACCUAUGGAUCCAUCAGGUUGGGGUGGUACUUCUCCAUCUAGUCCGACAGUAGACAAUGGCACAGCAGCAUGGGGAAAGACUACUGAUGCCCCUACCGGCUGGGGAGACCCUGACAAUGCUAGCGGGAAGACGACAAGCUGGGGAAACCCUUCUCCCAAUCCCAUCAAAUCCGGUACAAAGUCUAUGCAAGAUGGCUGGGGCGACAAAGAGGCCUCAGUGGCAGCCUCGCGUCAUUCAAGCUGGGAGGAUGAGGAGGAGGGAGGUGGCAUGUGGAACAGCGCUGGCUCCCAGGGAAGCGGCUCAUCUUGGGGCCAGGGAAGCAAUGGGGGCUGGGGACAGAGCCACACCGGGAAGAAGCCCAACAACAAGGGUCCACUAAAGGCUGGUGGAGGAGACUCGUGGAUGAGCCCCAUUAACAGGCAGUUCUCUAACAUGGGGCUGCUGAACGAUGAUCCCAGUGGCCCAAACAUUGACCUGGCUCCGGGUUCUCUCCAGGAGAAGAAGAUGGAGGUGGAGAAAAGGGGCAUUGGAAUGAAUGACUACAAUGGAGACAUGAGGAAGGGAGGAAGAGGAGGAGGGGGGAUGCCAUAUCGUCCACCUGGUUCAAAAGAAGCAGCACCUGGGGAUGUUGGGUCCUACUAUGACAAGGGCGGUCACAGUAUCUUCGGUGGUGGUGGAGGGAUGGCUCAGUCAAGACAUCAGCCAAAUGUCCCACCCAUAAACCAGUCUCCAGGGAUACGAGCGCAAGUGCCUCAUCAGUUCCUGUCACCGCAGGUGCCAGGUUCCGUGCUGAAGCAGAUGCCCCCUCCCAGCGGGAGCGUGGGGGGUGUUGGUGGCGUAGGAGGAGUGGCAGGAGUCGGGGGAGGUGUGUUCCCUCCACAGCUGUCCCCCCAGCACAUCGCCAUGCUCAGCAGCAUCUACCCACCGCACAUUCAGUUUCAGUUGGCUUGUCAGCUCCUCCUCCAGCAGCAGCAGCCACAACAGCAGCAACAGCAACAGCAGCUGCUGCAAAAUCAGAGGAAAUUUACGCCAAAUGUGCGGCAGCAGGCUGACCCCCAGCAGUUGGCCAGGAUCAUGGCAGUGCUCCAGCAGCAGAGACAGCAGCAGCAGGUCGGAGGUCUAGGCGGCAGCUCCAAACUCUCCCCCUCCCACCACGGUGUAGGUGGUAUGGGGGGUCCCAAACUGCCUGUGGCUGAUCCCCUUCCCCACCCAGGCCUGUCAGGAUCUGUGGCGGACCUGCACCCCAAAAAUCUCGGACCAUACACUGGGUUUGGUUCUGGGGUGAAUCUCCCAGGUCUGGACCUGGGUGGUUCUGUCAUGGGGGGGCCUGGUGGCAUGAAGGACCUCGGGGGUCAGCAGUCCCGCUUCAAAUGGAUGAUGGAGGGACACUCUUCUCCAGACACAACCACACCUGAGAAUGCAUUCCAUAAAAAUGGUCCUAUCACCCCCAUAAAGAUGCCUGGGGGCUCGCCCUACUCUCAGUACGACAUGAUGGUUGACGGCCUGGGUGACAACUGGCACCGCACCCCUGGCAAGAUGGUCACCAAGCCAACGACCACAACCAGCUGGCCACCUGAGUUCCAGCCUGGUGUCCCCUGGAAGGGAAUUGACCGCGUCGACCCCGAAUCUGACCCUUACAUGACCCCAGGGAGCAUGAUGGCAAAUGCAGUUUCCUCCAGCCUCAAUGAUACUGAUCACCAGUUGUUACAAGACAAUACAGAUUCCACCCCUCCCCUCAACACCUUGCUGCCUUCACCUGGUGCCUGGCCCUACAGUGCCUCAGACAGUCCCCUCAACAACGCACACAACUCAGCAAAGUACACAGAAUACAAGACCAGCUGGCCCCCAGAGCCCAUCGGACACAAGUCCUGGAAAGCCAGCCGCGGCACCAGCCAGACCCAGCUUUCCCGCCCACCUCCAGGACUAAUCAGUCAAAAGCAGCCAUCGUCUUCCCCUUGGUCAGGAGGAGCCCCGAGACUGGCUGGCAGGAGCUGGGGCGGAAGCUCCAGCACCACUGGCUCGACCUGGAGUGACGGCAGCUCUCGGGAAAGCUGCUGGUUGGUGCUCAGCAACCUCACGCCACAGAUCGAUGGCUCUACACUGAGGACCAUCUGCAUGCAGCACGGCCCCCUGCUGACUUUUCACCUUGGCCUGACCCAGGGCACAGCUCUUAUUCGCUAUGGCUCCAAACAAGAGGCAGCCAAGGCCCAGAGUGCACUCCACAUGUGCGUUCUGGGUAACACCACCAUCUUGGCAGAGUUUGUGAGCGAAGAAGAUGUGGCUCGCUACAUUGCACAUUCCCAGGCUGGAGGAACAGGUAACGGAGGAACCGCAGCCAACUCCGCAGGGUCCGGGCCAUCAGCGACCUCCGCGGUGGGGGCCAACAGCAACGGAGGAAGCUGUGAGAGAGGCGGAGUAGGAGGCGGCAGCGGGGUAGAAGGAGGUUCUACAACUGGAGGAGCAGGAAAUGGGGGAGCAGGGCCCACCAGCUCCGGGUGGCAAAGUCUGGACAGCACAGGCAGCUCAUCGGACCCGUCCACCGCCCAGGGCCCCGGGCUCGGCAUCUUCACACAAUGGAGCAACAACGGGACCGGGAUGGGUGGGUCCGGAGGUGUGGAGGCUGGAAGGCAGGGCCUGUGGGGGGGAAUGGGCGGGAUGAGCGGGGUUGGGUACCCGAGCAGCAGCCUCUGGGGUUCCCCGGCACUGGAGGAUCGUCACCAGAUGGGUAGCCCCGCCUCGCUGCUUCCAGGGGACCUGCUGGGCGGUGGGGCUGAUUCCAUCUGAGGGUCUGACUGACACACACACACCCAUUGUAACACAUAUGUCACACUCUGCACUUACUUACAUGCAGAGAUGACGUGAAUUCAAGCUACACUGGUCACCCAACAUACAUGCAUUCAGUACAUGCACAUAUCAUUCUCACACACACAUUAAACCGCUUAACUUUAAAUGAAGAUAACAGUGAAACUUGAAAUGGGGGAAAAAGGUGAAAUCCAUUUAUUCAUCCUCUUUAGGACUCAACUGGACAGCUCUUUGUCUUUUUACUCCAAAUCCCAUCUGCUUUCAGAGACCCAGUCACUCAGGCAUGCACUGUAGACAGGCUCAGCCAGAGUCGUACACGUCGUCGACAAGUUUAGCUAUUGCUGUUUUUAGUGUUCCACAGUUCUUUCCUUUUUCUUUUUGUAUUACUCUAUUUAAUGGUUGAAUCUCAAAAUUCAGACUUGCAAACUGAGCCCUCGUAGACCUGGCAGGCGUACUUCUGAGUUCUCAUGUUUGGAAGCGUGAGAGUGGGGGAAGGAUCUGGAGUUUGUAGAAAAUUGUUUGGACGGCACCACACUACUGAGUCAAGCGGAUGAUCAGCAACCUUUGAGAUGUGGAAGAGGAGUGUUUUUAGUUGGUACUGACGCCUCUAUCUUGGUGGAAAUAUGCCAUCAACAUGGGACCCAGGGUUUAAAAAAAAAAUAAGAAAAAAAAAGAAAAAUCCUAACAAAAACAACAUUAGCCAAACUUGCACUAUAUGCCUUUGGGUUUGUUGUUGACACAUCAUCCACAAAUCCCUCCAUUUUUGAAACAGAGCUACAAUACAACAACUACACAGACCUUAACCGGACGACUUAAAUGUUACAACAGCAGUGGCCUUGGCUAACACCCAGCGGCCGCCUGCCCGCCAUGACAGCAGCAUCACACCUUCUCAUCAGUUACACACUGCUCUUAUAUUUGACAAGCAAAAUUGUAUCUCCUUGUUGAUGUACGUCGGUUGUUUAUCAUAUUUUUUUUUCUGUUUUAAAAGAAAAAGAGAAACGUGUGAAACUUUGUGGAAAAUCCAGAGAUGUCCUCUUUUUUUCUUUUUUCUUUUUUUUUUUUUGCCCUUCAAACACUGACCUCGCUAUUAUAUUUUUUCUUACUCAAGAAAUCAAGUUGGUUAUUAUUAUAUAUUGUCAUGACGUUAAUGAUGACUAUGAUCACUUAUUUACUCGCUGUACAAGGUGCCCUCCUGCCUGCCUGUGUGUGCAUGAAAGGAGCGUUGACAGUAUGACCGAAUGGAGGAGGACAUGAUGAAGAUGAUGAUAGGAGUGUCUGUGUUAUUGCUACAAUGUUGAAUGUUUUUUUUUUUUUCUUGUCCAUGAGAGAUUCAUGAGAAAUGUGUGUGAGUGUGAACGAGGGUGGAUAGAUGGAUGGAUGGAUGUAUACACGUUUAUGUGCUUGACUGACUGUUGUGAUAGCUUAAAAAGGUUCAAAAACAUCGGCACUAUUGCAUACGUCUCUUAAGUUGUGUUUUUUAGCAGCAUUUUGUUCCUGUUUGUUUUUUCUUUGUCAAAUGCAAUAAGAGAAUGAUAUUUUGUUUUUAAGACGAAGCAAACAACUGAAGGCAUUUCUAUUAGCGAUGCCAAAUCCUAUCAUACCAAGCUGAGCUGGAACAGUGUUUUACAGACACGUUAAAGACAUUACAUAUGUUUUACUGUUUGUUUGUUUGUUUAUUAUGUAUCAAUUUAAAUUAAGUCAGUCUUUAUUAUCACUCCUGUUCAGGACGUUUUUGUUUAUUUCAGAUGUUACAAAAAGGAGAGGAAAUUAAUUUAAAGCAGAAAAGAACAAGAUAAUAAAGGUUGAAUUGAA